GGCACACUGCUGGAUGCUCAGUCUACGAUCGCGAGUCUUGUUGAGAGCAAGUCUACCUACUACCACUUUUAAAGAGAAAGUGACAAAAUACUUUACAAAAAUAAAACAUAAAACUAAAAUAAAAAAAAUUUGGAGUGGAUCUUUAAAGUUUUGUGAUUAAAAAACUUUGAUCAAGUGAUUGUUAUCAUAUUUUUGUGAUGGAGGAUCAAACUAAAUCUGAAGUAAACUUAACGAACUGUAAAACGAAGAUUUCGUUCAGUGUUGAAUCGUUGUUAUCUUCGACGCGGACUGCAAGUUCUCCGUCGCCGAAAUGUGAGGAGAAAGAUCAGAGUUUUGAAGAGGAUCAAAGCGAACUUCUUUCUGAUCGAUUAAAACCACCAUCUGAACAUAGUUUAUACGAUGAUGAUAGUGACGAAAAUAUUACGGUGGACGAAGACGACGACCUUGAAAGUAGAGAAAGUUUGAGUCCUAAUUCUCAUACGGUGGUUGUUCCUCAACCUUUACAUCCAUCAGUACCAAGAUUGUUAAACCAGGCGCCUCCACCACAUUGGGUUUUUCCUUGGCAAGCUCAUGGAAUUUUAAGAUCUAAUUCACCACAAACAAGUAUAGCUAACAUUACCCAAAACACCGGUCCACCAAUAGUUAGAUGCGCUCUUAGGAAACACAAACCAAAUAGAAAACCAAGAACCCCCUUCACAACUCAACAACUUCUCGCUUUAGAAAAGAAAUUUAGAGAUAAACAGUAUUUGAGUAUAGCGGAGAGGGCGGAAUUUUCAAGUUCUUUAAGAUUAACAGAAACACAGGUUAAGAUUUGGUUUCAAAACCGUCGGGCGAAAGCUAAGCGACUACAAGAAGCAGAAUUGGAAAAGUUAAGGUUAUCCGCACGACCUCCUCUGUUACCUGCGACCUUUGGCCUAUUUCCUGGAACGCCAAACCUCUUCCCGCACUUUCUCAAUGCCACAAUGGCUCAUCGACCGCCGCAAUUCAACUUUGCGAAUCAUGGUCCAAUACUAAAUAUCCCUCAGUGAUAAAAUCCAAUGAAAAAAAAGUUAAAGUUAACUCUAUGUGUCAUAAAAGAAAACCUUUCUUUAUUCUCUUUGUUAAUUUUUGAAUUAAUUUCGAAACUUUUUUUAUUUUCUCCUUUCAUCUACUGUAAUAUUUAUGAUUAAAAAGGGGCAAUUCUAAUGUUUAGAUAUUGUUUUUUUUUCUGUUUUGUUAAUUUGUACAUAAACGUAUAUCUCUGUAUAAGACUGAUUAAUAAUUUUUUUAGUUGACGAAAAAUUGUAAAUACUUGUAUAAAAUGUAUAUUAAAAAUGUUUUAUUAUUGUUUAAAUUUGUAAAUAAGAUUUAUUUAAAAUAUCUAUAAUGAAUAGAAUAAACGAAUUCGUAAUAGUA